UCAAGGUUCAGUCCAUCGCGCCACAGAUGUACUACUAUGUGCAGAAUCCUGCAUCCUCUGGACCUGACUAUGGAGAACCAUGCAGCCAAACACCCAUGUGUGGGUCUACAUGUUUGUAGGAUUUCUCACUCUCAGCAGCAUGCCCCUACACCUUGGGUUGCCAUCGUUCCCGGAGUAACCUCCCAGGCCCGCCGUACGCGUGCCUUCAACCCCUUGUCCCGCGGGUGUCGAGCACUCUCACUCUCUUCCCCCAACCCGUUCUCUCUCUCUCUUCCCCUUUCACCAAUCGCUAUGUUCUAGUCACCCAUCUCCUCUACCGUCCCCAUUGGCCGCCGGACUGCCAAGUUCCCACCCCGCCAGGCGCCCUCUGCAUCGAUCGCCGUCCUCUCUCGAUCGGCGCAUGGCUGGCACAGCUCGGCGCCCAUUGCUGGUGCUGCUUCUCGUCGCCGGAGCCACCGCGGUCGCGGAGUCCAAGCUGUACGCCCCGGCGGACCGGGUGCUGCUCAACUGCGGGUCGACGACGGACGGCCUGGACUCGGACGGCCGGAAGUGGGUGGCGGACAACAACGACAACAUGUGGCUGACCGACUCCGGCAAGUCGUCCCUGAUGAUGGCGGCCGACAGGAUGGACAACGGGCUGCCGUCCACCAUCCCCUACAUGACGGCGCGGGUGUUCACGACGGAGGCCGCGUACAACUUCACCGUGAACCCGCGGGACCGCCACUGGGUGCGCCUCCACUUCUACCCGUCCUCCUACAACGGGCUCCCCGCGGAGGGCUUCCACUUCGGCGCGGCCACGUCCACGGGCGUCACGCUGCUCCACAACUUCAGCGUGUACACCUACGCCAAGGCGCUGAGCCAGGCGUUCCUCAUCCGGGAGUUCUCGCUGCCGCCGGCGCCGGCGGGGUUCCUGACCCUCACCUUCACGCCGAUGCCGACGGGCAACGAGACCUUCGCCUUCGUGAACGGCAUCGAGGUGAUCUCCAUGCCCGACAUCUUCGCGGACCCGGCCACCACGGUGGGCUUCGCGGACCAGACCGUGGACAUCGCCGGCGCGGCGCUCCAGACCAUGUACCGCUUCAACGUCGGCGGCGUGUACAUCCCGCCGUCCAACGACUCGGGGCUCACCCGGCACUGGUACGACGACACGCCCUACGUGCUGGGCCCGACGCAGGGCGUCAUCUACAAGGCCGGCCCGCACUUCCAGCUCAAGUACCCCAACGACCUGGCCGAGUACGCCGCGCCGCCGGACGUGUACCUGGGCAGCCGCUCCAUGGGCUCCGACCCGCGCCUCAACCAGAACUACAACCUCACCUGGGUCAUGCCCGUGGACGGCAACUUCACCUACGUGGCGCGCCUCCACUUCUGCGAGCUGCUGCUCAGCCGCCCCAACCAGCGGGCCUUCGACAUCUACGUCAACAACAAGACGGCGCUGGCCGACGCCGACAUCAUCGGGAUGGCGUCGGAGAAGGGCGUGCCCGUGUACAAGGACUUCGCCGUGUACGUGGCCGACGAGCCCGGGGACGAGGCCAUGUGGGUGGCGCUGCACCCGUCCGUGGCGCUCCGCCCGCAGUUCUACGACGCCAUCCUCAACGGCCUCGAGGUCUUCAAGAUCAACGACACCGCCGGCAACCUGGCCGCGCCGGACCCGGACCCCUCCAGGCUGCUCGCCAAGGCGGAGCUGGGCGCGGGCGACCACCUGCCGCCCAGGGUCCACAGGCACCGCCACAUCGCCACGGUGAUGGGCAGCAUGGCGGGCGGCGCGGCGGCGCUCGGGAUCAUCGCCGCCAUCUGCGUGGCCUGGCAGCAGGAGAGGAGCAAGAAGGAGCUGCAGGCCGCCGGCGGGUCGCACACCUCCGGCUGGCUGCCGCUGUACCACUCCCACACCAGCGGCAAGUCGUCGGGCCACCUCGCGGCGAACCUGGCCGGGAUGUGCCGGCACUUCUCCUUCGCCGAGAUCAAGGUGGCCACCAAGAACUUCAGCGAGUCUCUGGUGAUCGGCGUGGGCGGCUUCGGCAAGGUGUACCGGGGCCUCGUGGACGGCGACACCAAGGUGGCCAUCAAGCGGUCCAACCCGUCGUCGGAGCAGGGCGUGCACGAGUUCCAGACGGAGGUGGAAAUGCUGUCCAAGCUGCGGCACCGCCACCUGGUCUCCCUCAUCGGCUUCAGCGAGGAUGCCGGCGAGAUGAUCCUCGUCUACGACUACAUGGAGCACGGCACGCUGCGGGAGCACCUCUACAUGGGCGGCAAGCCGCCGCUGCCGUGGCGGCUCCGCCUCGACAUCUGCAUCGGCGCCGCGCGGGGCCUGCACUACCUCCACACCGGCGCCAAGCACACCAUCAUCCACCGCGACGUCAAGACCACCAACAUCCUCGUCGACGGGGACUGGGUCGCCAAGGUCUCCGACUUCGGCCUCUCCAAGUCCGGCCCCACCACGGUGAACCAGACGCACGUCAGCACCAUGGUCAAGGGCAGCUUCGGGUACCUCGACCCGGAGUACUUCCGGCGGCAGCAGCUCACCGACAAGUCCGACGUCUACUCCUUCGGCGUCGUGCUCUUCGAGGUGCUCCUCGCGCGGCCGGCCCUGGACCCGGCCCUGCCGCGCGAGAGGGUCAGCCUCGCCGACUACGCGCUCCUCUGCCAGCGGAACGGCACCCUGCUGGACGUCGUCGACCCGGCGAUCAAGGACCAGAUCGCGCCCGAGUGCCUCAAGAAGUUCGCCGACACGGCCGAGAAGUGCCUCGGCGAGCAGGGCAUCGAGCGCCCGGCCAUGGGGGACGUGCUCUGGAACCUCGAGUUCGCGAUGCAGCUGCAGGACGCCUUCGACGGACAAGGAGGCAGCACCACCUGCGGCCGCCGGCCCAUGGGCGAGGGCAGCGGCGGCGUGGGGCGCGCGUCGUCGGCGCUCGACGGCACGGCCAGCGUCACGACGGUGGAUCAGGCGGCGUUGUCCAAGUCCCGGCCGCGCGUCAUCGUCGAGGAGGCGGCCGACGACGACGAGGUGGCCAACAGCGCGGCCUUCUCGCAGCUCGUGCGCCCCGCCGGCCGGUGA